AAAGAGCAACAAACUUUUCUUUCUUUGAUCAUAAAUUGAUGAGAGGUGUCAAAUAUUUCGUAAAAUUAAUUUAAGUGUGCGAAAACUUAUUCCGACACAAUCGUCAUUUAAACAAAAAAGGAUUGGGGGGAUGUGGGUUGGAGGGGUAGGCGCUGAGGUGGUCCAACGUGGUGUAUCAAACCCAACAUUAGGCAAAGUGACGGGUAAGGAAAAUGGCGGGUACGUGUUGCUAUAGUAGGCUUUCACAGGCCCUCAUGAACAAGAAAGUGCAAGGUGUUGUCUACUGCUGCUCCCCUGCACCCAAUAAUCAGAAGGUGAAAACCCAAACUCCCAAGUUCUUGAAAAUUGCUGUCACUGGUGUCACUGAACUACUCAGGCUCCUCUCUUCACCAUCAAGAAACAGAUUGGGGAUAUCUGAUGAUGAAGGGGAUGAAGACCCUUUGGUCUCUAAUGUAGAAGAUGUCCUAAAGAUUAUCAAGUCUGAUUUUGAGAAAGCUUAUUUUGUUACUGAGCUCUCAUUCAAUUUAGGCCUCUUCACCAGUGGAAUUUAUGCAGAAGAUUGUGUCUUUGAAGAUCCAACUAUAAAAUUCCGAGGAAGGGACUUGUAUUCCCGCAACUUGCAAUUGCUGGUACCGUUUUUUGAUAGUCCAUCAAUCAAAUUAGAAAAGAUUGAGAAGGGUAAUGAUUCUAAUGCAGCGGUCAUAGUGGCAUACUGGAAACUGAGAACAUCCCUCAAACUUCCGUGGCAGCCUCUCAUCUCUGUUGAUGGAAAAACGGUCUAUGAUCUAGAUGAACAACUCAAAAUUGUUAAGCAUGUUGAGAGCUGGAACAUUUCUGUUCUUGAAGCCGUUGGCCAGAUUUUUACGCCUGGUUUGAGGAGAUCUGUUGAGUGAAAAUUCUACAGAGGAACAUUCCUUAGCUGAUGUUCUUUCUAGAAGACUCAUGAAAAAUCAGAUGUUUCUAUUUGAGCUUCAAUCCAGAAUGUAUACUCUGAUCUCAGAACCACCUCUUACAGUUUACUCACAGCUUGAGUUGGAAACACUGUUAUAUAGGUAUCCAUUAUCGUAACUACUCAUUUCACUGUAUCAUUUAUUAUGUCAGUUUAUCUUGUACAUCAUUCUUGCCUCCAAAUCGAGAUCUUGAUGACCCUUCAAAGGCAAUUGCAAUAGCUUUCCACCUACAUGAUGUGAGAGUUCAUCAGUCCUCCAUCCAUAUUUCCCUUUGUGUAACAAUGCCAUUGUUGCUGUGAUAAACUCUUCCUAUUAUUCUUCA